ACGACGCACCUGCCGCGCCCAUCCUUGUCAGCAAAACAACAUUCUUUUUACAUUUUUCAUUUUAACCCACAUAAAUCUAGAUCAGAUCUAAUCUAGACGUAGAUCUAGGCUACUUCAGAUCAAGAGAAUAAGACAAGAGACCAUGCCUCCAGUUCUGGGUGGAUCAGAAAAGUGCCCAAAGUGCAGUCAAAAUGUGUACUUUGCUGAAGAGAUCCGUGCCAUGGGCAGGAAGUAUCAUAAACAGUGUCUUAAAUGCAAGCCUUGUGGAAAAGUACUAGAUAGCACAAACUGUAAUGAUCAUGAGGACGACAUCUAUUGUAACACUUGCUAUAGAAGAAACUUUGGACCCAAUAGUUCUGUGCCCGGAACUGCAGUAGAAGUAGAAUCGUCUAAGGCCCCAGCUGGAUCUGAUGUCUGUCAGCGAUGUGGGAAGGUGGUUUACAUGGCAGAACGCUGCACAGGGGGUGGGAAAUAUUUCCACAAGAGAUGUUUUCGCUGCAACGCCUGUGGUGUCAGUUUGGACUCCAACCGUCUGUCUGUAAGAGAGGAGGAAAUCUACUGCAGGUCUUGCUAUGGUAAAAAUUUUGGACCUAAGGGCUAUGGAUUUGCUGGUGGGGCUUCUGGAUUGUCUAUGGAUACAGGGAAACUGGAUGAUAUACCAACAAGCCAUAUCCCAGCUUUGGCCCAAGCCCACACUGCACCAAUAUUGUCUGAGGGGGGUGAGAUAGAGGUCAAUGACUGGAAUGAUGAGAGAGACAGGUGUAAUAGGUGCCGGAAAGUUGUCUACUUCGCUGAGAAGGUGACUGGGAUAGGAAAGGUGUAUCAUAAAGUCUGCUUCAAGUGCAGCAACUGUAACAAAGGCUUGGACUCUACAACUGUUACUGAGCAUGCUGGGCAGGCCUACUGUAAAGCUUGUUAUGGUAAAAAUUUUGGACCAAAGGGCUAUGGAUUUGCUGGUGGAGCAUCUGGAUUGUCUAUGGAUACAGGAAAGCUGGAUGAUAUACCAACAAGUCACAUCUCAGCUCUGGCCCAAGCCCACACCGCUCCCUUGUUUGGUGAGGGGGGAGAUGAGGAGGAAGACCCUUCCGAUGACAGGGAGAGGUGCAAUCGGUGCAGGAAGGUUGUGUAUUUUGCAGAGAGAGUUACAGGCAUUGGGAAGGUGUAUCAUAAAGUCUGCUUCAAAUGCAGCAACUGUAACAAAGGUUUAGAUUCUACUACAGUCACUGACCAUGCAGGUCAAGCCUACUGUAAAGCUUGCUAUGGCAAAAAUUUUGGACCAAAGGGCUAUGGAUUUGCUGGUGGGGCAUCCGGAUUGUCUAUGGAUACAGGAAAACUGGAUGAUAUACCAACAAGCAACAUCCCAGCAUUGGCCCAGGCACACACAGCUCCACUGAUGAGUGAAGGGGGUGAGGAGGAGGAGGGGGACUGGUCUGACAACAGAGAAAGAUGCAACCGCUGCAGGAAAGUUGUCUAUUUUGCUGAGAGAGCCACCGGUGUUGGAAAGGUUUUUCACAAAGUUUGUUUCAAAUGCACCAACUGCAACAAAAGCUUGGACUCUACAACUGUCACAGAACACUCAGGGCAAGUUUACUGCAAAGCUUGCUACACACGUAAUUUUGGACCAAAAGGAUUUGGAUUUGGCGUGUCAAUGGUCACUGAACAAGCUUAAAGCCUGCACAUGGUUACAUGGAGUGUGAAACUUUGAAGAGGUUUUUUUAAUUACGUUUUACAAAAUGUAAGGUUUGGACUUUGUAAAUCUUUUUGAAAGUGUAAAGAGUUUUUCUUCUGUAUUUUUGUAUCUGAAAGAUUGUUAUGGGACCAUGUAUUGAAUAGAUUUACCUACUGACCAAAUAUAUUACUAUAAACAAGACUUUAUGCAAUGGUGUUUGUUAAAUUUUCUAAAACUAUAGCUCUAAAAGAUUUAUAAUACUCAGUAGAAAAUAAACAUUAUUCAUGUGUAUUACCUUAUUUGAGGGAAUAGCAGUUGCUUUAUUUUUACUUUAGCUUUUUUUUAAAACGUUGUUUGAUAAAUUUUGACGAUAAUUUAUAAAGUAUUGUGUAGAAUAAGUCUUGUGACACAUUGACUCACGCACAGUUAAACUAUUUUUUAUUCAAUUUCUCUUUUUAGCCCAAAUAACUUUUUUUAUGUUAUUUUUUUAUUCCAAGUAAAAAGGUUGUUUUAUUAGCUUGAUAGAAUUUUGUGAAAUGUUCAGCGAAUGCCGAAGUUUUUUUGGUAUUUUAAAAUCUAUUUCCUCAAAUUAGAAACCUAUAUCUAAAUAGAUGGACUACUUAGUUAAGGUUUGUCACUUCAGUCACACAUCCCCCACUCAUUUUUAUUUAAAAAAAAAAUUGUGCUUUAUUUGCAUAAGCUGUCUAAAAUCUGUUUAAAAAAUUCCCUUUUAAAAUGUAGAAGUGGCACUUCCUGAACAUUCUUGUCCCACAUAGGGGUGACAUUGUUUAUUGAUGACCCUUUAUUGAUUCUUCACUUUCUAGCUUGAUGUUCAUUCUACAAACUUAUGGAGGUUGGUGCUUAUACUUAUCAUGUUUAACUUUGAAAGCUUUUUACCAGCAUUUAGUAGUUAGUUUAAUAACCUGCAUAUGUAAAUAACUAAAGACCAUAUGUUCAGAUAUAUUUACAGAUUUAAUUUCUUUAUUAAAUAACGGGUUUAAAAUGACAUAAUAUAGUAUACAUUUUUAAUUUAUAAAAUGGCUUUUUUAAAAAAUGAAAGGUCUUGUUGACCCCAUUUUUUUUGUUACACCUCUUAACUUGUAAAAUGUUUUGGAAAAAAAACAACUCAUGACACCUUUAUUGUAGCAUUUGAAGACAAAUAACCAAAAUAUAUAUAUUUCCAUCAUGAGCAGUUAUUUUUCAGUUGAAUGUUUGAGAUUGAUAAAUCUGGUUUAAUGUUUUUUUUUUUUUUUAUGUUGCCACAUUUGCCUAAUUGGCUAAUGCAUUUACCAUUAGACAUUGUACAUUCCUGAUGAAACCCUGCAGUUUCUGCAGUGAAGAGUGUACAUGUUUGUCAUGCACUUACUGAGAGCACUUGUUAAACAAAAAUUGUUAUUCCACUGUCCUCCACAUUGUUGAAUAUUCUUGGUUCUACGUCACAUGACAUUCCACCUGAUUUUAAAUUGUGAGUCAGCAAAACAAAAACUUUCAAUGUCUACACUAGAUCUGAUUUCUCCACUACUAGUAAAUAAUUUGUUUAUCACAUUAAAAACAUUUUUUACCUUAUUUUCCACACAAUCAAAAAAGCAAGUUUUACAACACAAGAUCUUAUUGUAUGUGUUUUGUAUCACCUACCUCCCACCCUGGUUCAAGAACAAAUAUUUUUUAUGAUCACAACCAGCACCGCUGUUCUUACAUAUAUAUGUGAUGGGACCAACACCCUUGUUUCUUUAAAUAUGUUAUUAUAUUCACAAUGCAUACAUUCUGAAUGUUAUCAAACAGGAUUCUCAUCUCUUGUCUUUCUGGUUUUUAAGAGUGGCUUCCCUUAGGUGGUUGUGAGAUUGGUUUUCAGAGGCCUUUGUCUCUCUAUAAUUAUAGCAAUACUAACUUAUCUACUUGUACAAUGUUUUUAAAUUCGAUGUUUAAUUAAAUAUGACAGUUGAAAGUUGUGUUUUUUUUUUAGGGGUUGGGCUUAUUAUUUAAAUGCUUGUAUCUUUUGUGUGUGAGUGCUAUAUUUUAUACUCAAGAUCUGUCUUGUGCUACUACAUCUUAAAUUGAAUUCAAUUCUGUUCACUUCUAUUUGUUUAAAGCCAUUUGAUUUGCAAUAAUUUUUUCAUUGAUAAUAAUUUCAAACACUAUAAAAAAUAAUGAUACCACCAUUUAUAUGUACAUGUUCUUUGGCAAAUUUUUGUUGCACUAUAUUCAUACACCAGUGGUUCCUAAUCUGUUUUCACUUGGUACCCCAAUGUACUUGGCCUUUGAUGGCAGGAAACUGUUUUAAAAUACAAAUUUAUUUCAGUUUAAAUUGAAUUGUAUUUAUUAAUUACAACAACCAGUUAACGAAUGAAAGAUGAAAAAAUUUCAUGUUUGCCGGUUAAAAAGUAAUUUCAGUAUUAGGUUAUGCAGCAUUAGUAGGAAAAAUUACACUACAGUAUUUUUAAUAAUUAAUGUUAAGUUGAUUUUCAAUCUGUUUUUAAUAGUUCACCUGUAAUAGGACUACAUUUUUCCAAAUUUAUCAUCUCAUUGUAAGAUGUUUAUAAAAAAUAAGGUUUAUGUUCAUGGUAAACAUAAAUGUAACAUAAGAGUUAGGGCUAUGGUGGCAGUACUGUAAAAUGGCUUGAUGUAACCUGCCUGUGUUUUUACAAGUAACCUGUAAUAUUAUUGUGAAAAAAUAAACACCUGAAAGUUUGGGGCAUUUACAUGUUGAGAAUCCCUGUAUAAACACCUGCAUUGUUUAUUGCAUGUUACCUGCAUUUAUUCCUAUUUAUUAUGUAUUUAAUUACUAUAGCCACAAUCCAUAAUAAUGUAUUUUAUUAUCAUGUUUGCUGUGUUGCUAAUAGACUAGUAUAUGAGCGCUAGCAUAGCACUUGUUUAAAAUGGUAUUUGGUUUUAUUAUUGCCGAGGUCAGGUUUAUGUAGCAAAUGGAAUCAACUUGAUAGAGUUUUGCGACUUGAAUUUGUGGUGUGAUUAAAACAAUUAUUGACCAUAAAAUAUUUUAUCAUGAAUACACUAGUUUUAUUUAUAUAUUUUAAGUGCUAGAUUAAUUUAUAUUUUUUAAAUAAAGAAGUGUUCCACCUUAGUUCUAAAAGUUUUCACAGAAGUUUUAAUAAAUCAACUUUACAUGUAGAAUUUAAAUUAAAUCCAUAAAAACAUGAUUGAUUGCCUAAGCACAUUUUCUACCAUACAGGUAGACUUUAUGCAAACCUACUAUAGGUAGACUAAAUGUAAACCUACUAAAGGUAGACUUGUAUAAAACCUUUGUUUACUAGUCAUUUUACAUGUUUUAGCAGUAACAUUUUUAUUACAUUGAAACUGGAAUUGUAAAUCUAGAUAUGGUGAUUUUUUUUUUCCAGUAAAUAAGUAAUUUUUAUUUUAUAAUCAAUGUUCAGCAAAUUAAUAGAUUGACUAUGUUUAAAAAAUUCUUAACUGAACUAUAUCCAGAUGGUGAAAUUUUAAAACUUAAUAAGCUUAUAGAAAGAAUAAACUUAUUUUCAGGACUUUAUAUAUAUUUUCAGGAAAAUGCAAGGUUACCGUGUUAGAUCAUAGGGUUGCAUGUCCAUAGACUUUAGAAUCAGUUGAUGUGUGUUUAUCACUUGAAUGUUGUGUGUAGCAUAUUUUAAACCAUUGUACCCUAAUGUAAACCAUGUAACUAAUACUGAGCUAAUGCAAUUAGCAAGUAAACCAUUUGCCUGUCUAGAUUUUCAAACUUACAAAAUCAGAUCAGAUGUAUUUAUUUUUUGAAGUAAUUUUAUGAUUUACAUUUAAGAAAAAGUAAAUGAUUAUUUUCUGUUUUUCUAAAAUGCAGAAUAUAUUCUGGCAAAUAGGAAGUGACAUAUUUGUAUGGUGAAGAGUAUUAGGUUUAUUAAACACCUUCAGUAUUGAACUAUUAAGAAUUGAAUAUUGAUAUAGUUUAUAAUUUAAAAAUAAAAAUUGUGGAUGAUGAAUCAAAUAACAUUUAACUAAUUCAACCAAAGAAACAAACUUCUUACACAUUUGGACAAAAUUUACAUUUUAAAUAAUCAUAGUAAAAUAUUUUUGUAUAUUAUCUAGUAAAUGUUCCACUUUUUGUUAGUUUUUUAUAUUACAUUACAUUUUCUUGUGAGUGGGGAGUGGUGUUUAAGUAUUUAAAGCUUUGGACUUAUAAAAAUAUUUCUUUUGUUAAUGAAACAAACUUUAUUUAAGAUUAACUUACAUGUCUUAUGUAGACCUUGUUAAAUUUGUUUUUUUUUAAAGCUGUCAUGUUUUUAAAAAAAAACAUUCCCAUAAUUAAUAGAAAUUUCAAACCAUCACAUUUUGUAACAAAUUAUAUAAUCAGGAAAACAUUUUUAUUUAUAAAGGCUAAUCUAACGUAAUGUGGUCUGUUGAAAUUUGGCUUUAAACUAUAAACAGUGUAAUAUUAUAUUAAAUCUGCAGAAAAAAAUCAUAUCCCAGUGUUAAAUUUUGUAAUCUUUUUCUUGUAUUUAUUAAAUAAAAUAAAA